AUGAUCAAAUUUAUACAUUUGGAAAGUCACAUAACAGAACAAGUUGUUGAAAGAAGCAGUCCAGCAAUCAGUGCAAUGGAACACCACUUUUCUUCGAUAAGUUUUAGUUUCAAAGUUCUCAAAAUAUUCGGACUUUGGCGCACCAGCGACGAACGUUACUCGUACAAAGUUUAUCGAAUGUUUUUCAUCUGCGUAUUUUUCUUGUUUUAUCUGGGAUCAAUAUUUGUCAGUGCACUAACAGUCAGUACUGUGGACGAAUUCUUCUCCGAAAUAUUGUACAUUGCGCUGACGGAAAUUGUCUUGGCAUUUAAAACCGUAACUGGUUUCUUCAAAUUCCACACCAUUCAUCGACUUCAUCAGCAAUCGCUUUCGACGGAAUUUAAACCUUUAAAUGCCAAAGAAAGAAAGAUUUUCGACAAGUCUGUCACCAGAAUCAACAAGUACUUCUGGCUUCUAUUGUGCAGCACGUGCACCGUUUGGUUUAACCUAUUGGCUCUGUUCAGCGGACAGUUUAAACUUCCAAUGUUUCCGUGGAUGUUGGGAAUUCCUUACGGGCGACAUCUGCCCUACAACUUUUACUUUCUUGCCGUCUACCAAAUCACCGGAAUGUUCCUCCACGCGUUUAUCAACAUUAUUCACGAUAUUCAAGUGUGUUACCUACUGGAAGCAGGAUCCAUCCAGCUAAUGCUACUCGAAGAACGGUUCAGUACGACCCAGUCCAAACAAACUGGUCGACACAAUCAUCGAAAACUUUACAUCAAAUACAUGGAACAUUUCGUCAAGAUUACCAACUUUGUAAAACAAGUAGAAAGUGUAUGGUCCAAGGCGAUCUGCAGCCAGUUUUGUGCAAGCGGAAUAACGAUUUGUGCGAUUUCUUUCCGGUUGUCGUCGGUAUGAUUGAAAGUGGAGCAGUUCUCUACGGAAUCGGUAUUUUUUCUUUAAUUUUAAUUUUUGUAUUUUUUAAUCCGGCUGAAACU